AUUACAGUUGACAUUUGAUGGGCUCUGCGUGCUGGGUUUCAAGUACCUAAUCCUCACAAACAACCCCAUGAGACAGACAUUAUUAUUCCCAUUUUACAGGUAGGGAAAGUCAGGUACAAAGAAAGCACAAAACUAAGUGGCUGAACUGGUUUUGAACCCUGGUAAUCUGGCUAGAGCCCCCUCUCCUUCACUAAACUAAAUUGCACCUGCCAGUGAUGGGAACAACAGCUUUGAAAGUAGAAAGCUAGGCCAGAUGACAGAGAGGUGUGUUGUCGGGCAGCCCAGGACUUUUUGCCUUGGUGAAGGCAGGUAAGAAACUUGGAGGCUGACAGUGUGUGUAUAUGGAAUCUCAGACUUCUCUCUAGUCAGUGAUUCCAGAUCUUUGCAUUUGACAGAAGAAACAAUGCAAGGAAACAAAAGCCACAUUCCUGCAAAGUUGCAGCUUUCAUUUAGGCACCCUAAGAACAUUCAAAACACAACUGCCAUCUAUUAGUAUCAUCAUUUCAUAAAAGCAAGUGCAUUUUAAUUCCCAAAAUAAGAAAGACUCAUCUAAAUAAAAAGCAGUCAUUCCCAAGGAGGGACAGUCAUUGACUUCACACCAACAAAUGGACUUCCCUCUGUUUUUUUUUUUUGUUGUUUUUUUUUUUUCCACUUUGCUGUAAACUAAUGAAAAUGUCACUCUGGGCAUGGCCUCUGCCUCUCCAUCCCUCUGCAUCAUUUGAGAGCAGAACCAAAAGAAGUGGGCCUUAGGUGUAGCAGAAAAGUGUUAGAUUAAAGCCAAGAAGAAACUCCUUUUUCGGAAACCUUUAAAGAACAGGUAAGCACAGCAUUUGCUUAGGAAAUAAGGGUUGCAGAAUCAAGUCCAUGGACUGGAGAGGCCAGUAGCCCUGGGUGCUACCCCGGAGAAAGGCAGGCAGGAAUCUUGUUCUGAAGGAUCUAGCCUCAGAUCCACUAGGGUAGCCUUAAAACCUAAAGCUGUCCCAACAGGCAGCCAUUUCCUGCCUGGAGUUCAUAGGGCAUGACAGGUGGUUUUAUGGCAGCUGGAGACCUCCAAGGGCCUCUGUUACCCCUCCUUGCAGUAGUCACCCACCUUGGGGCUGGGUAGAGUGCUACGAAUGACCUUGAGGAGGACCAAGAACAGUAGAGAGGAAGGAAAGAGAAAAGCCACCUGGCAGUUGCCUACAUCCUGGGGUGUGAUGGGUGAAGGCUCUGGCAGGCAGGACUUGCUGGCUGCAGCAGCCUGAGGAUGCUGUUUCCCUCCUUCCCCACCUCCUUCAAGGUAGCCCGGGGCCUAGAACCUUCCAGCAGGAGCUCAAAGCCAGGCAGGUAAAGCCCUCUUCUGGCACAACAAUGCUCCAUGCUGGUUCUGGGCCUGAGCCUGGCUUGGGACUUGUCACCUCCCUGUUUUGUAUAAGAAGGCAAGGCUGCAGGGUAUGGGGACAAGCAAGGAAGGGGAAAAGAGAGAAGGGUCUGCUCUCACCUGCCCCAUCCGAUUGAGACCAAGUCCUCCAAAGCGGGAUUCUCAUGUUUCUGGAAUAGUGGCAUUUUUCUGACUCCCCAGGGGGCCUCAAGCCUCAUCUCGUCCUGUAGGGUUGAAUGGGACAGCGUGCUGGGUGCUAGGGUGUGGGGCCCUGAACUGUGAUACUCCAAGAUUUAGGUCCCCAUCAUGGAAAAGCAUACACCUACCCAGAUUGUAAUCCUGGAGUUAGAGAAUGAUAAAUGUGGAUCCCCCCAGUUGCAAACAGUCACAGACUAUGCCAGACAGGGGCAGUCUCUUCCUCCUCCAUGGUCACACUGGUCAAAUGGGCCUUGAGCCCCUGUACCCAGAUUCUCUUGUCAUGGUUCUGCCCUCAAGUCCUCAAAGAAUGACAGAAGUCAUGAUUUGAGCACCUAAGUGCAAGACUUUACCGGAUGUUGGAGAUGCAGAGAGGGCUGCCUUCAAGAGCUUCUGGCUAGACGGGUAGAUAUUACCUACUACAGGGGAACUACAGCUGCCGAAAAUGAUGGGUUUGCCUGAGGACUGCAGGACUUUAUGAAGUGCUCCCCUUGAUGGAAGGGGGCCCUGCCUGCAAAGCACCUCGAGGCCCAGCAGUGGAUCUGUGUUUCCUUUGUUGCCCAGGUUCUGAUGCUGGUAUCCUGGUUCCUGGCCCCGCCAGAGUUCUGGUUCCAGAAGGCCCUUGCCAGGUGCCUUGGGCCUCGCUCCCACCCGGGCGCAAGGCCACACUGAAGACAUGGGCCUCCUCUUGUACUGCUGAUGACAUAAGCUUGGUGGGCUCCAUGCUGGAUGAGGAGGACAACAGUGUCAAAAUCCAAGCUCUGAACACACUUAAAGCUUUCUCUGGCAUCAGAAAAUUCAGGCUCAAAAUCCAGGAACACACCAUCAAGGUACUGGAACUGAUCUCUACCAUCUGGGAUUCGGAGCUCCAUGUUGCAGGCCUCAGACUCCUCAACAGCCUCCCACUGCCUGACUACGUACACCCACAGCUGCGACGGGUGAUGCCUGCCUUGAUGGAGAUCCUUCAGUCCAACUAUAUCCUGGCACAGGUGCAAGCCAUACGAUUGCUGAGCUACCUGGCACAGAAGAAUGACCUUCUGUAUGAUAUUCUCAACUGCCAGGUGCACUCCAACUUCCUGAACCUGUUUCAGUCCACACAGCCCGGGAGUCUGCUGUUUGAGGUACUGGUGUUUGCUGAGCGGCUAAGUGAGGGCCGGAAUUCACCCCACUACCGUGCUGUGAAGUGGCAUUACAAUGAACAAUCUUUGCAUGAAGCUCUCUUUGGGGAUGAGUCACGACUGGCAGAUCGGCUGCUCGCCCUGGUCAUCCACCCUGAGGAGGAAGUUCAAAUCCAGGCCUGCAAGGUCAUAGUCAGCCUGCAGUGCUCCCAGGAUGUGGGAGUCCGGCCCUCUUCCUGCAGGCCCAGUCAUUCCUACUUUAAUAGCGGGGAAAAUAAUUAAGGAGAGCCAAUAAAUGACUAUGGGAGAAAA